AGCCCGCCUGUUCUUGUGCACCUUUGUCGAAUGCGAUCAUCUGCAUUGGCGGCAAACGGCUUUCUCAGAUUCUCAAUAUGGCGUCGUUCCAAAAGCUAGCACGGCCACGUCUUCUCGAACAAACGUUCCAAUAUGUUACUCGAGGCACUCCAAAAGUCACAAGACGCCUCGUCAAUCAAUCCUCACCCCGUAAAGUCCAAUUCGAAAUAAUCCAAGACAAAACCCACCACCUCACAACCCAACGCCUCAAACGACCCGUCUCCCCUCACUUAAGCAUCUACCAACCACAAAUCAACUCUUUCCUCUCCAUUUCCAUGCGCAUCACCGGAACUUUCCUUUCUGGAGGUCUAUACCUCUUCAGCUGUCUGUAUUUACUUUCUCUCACCUUGGGAAUCGACAUGUCUUCUGAGCAUCUGGCUUCAGUUUUCGGAGCUUGGCCGACAGGAGCUCAAAUCGCGGCGAAGUUGUUUGUGGCGUUUCCGAUGAGUUUGCAUUUCUUUGGGAGUUUGAGGAAUAUGGUGCAGGUGGCUGGGAAGGGCGUUGCGGGAAGUAGGAGUAUGGUGAGGAUGGGGUGGGUUACGGUGGGAGCGGCUGCUGUCACGGCGGUGGGGUUGGCAGGAUGGGUGUAGGAUUAAUCGGGAUCUCUUUGAGAGGCUGUCUGGAGGCUGGAGUGUCUGUUGGAAAAGAAAUUCUCCGGAAGAUUUCGAAUCUGUGGUGGCUGUAAAGACUUCAUUGCAUAAAUUAUUGCUGUUAUUCCGGAC